AUGUUGCUUUUUAUUGUUUUUGUUACCACCAUUCUUAGUGUAAGUUCAACGGAUUUCCUGCCGAAGUCAAACAAUGACGAUCUUAUCAACUUUAUCGAUCUCCUAAAUAACCGUGACGAUGAUGAUUACAUUGGAAAAUCUAAGUACUUACAAACUUUAACAGAUACAGAAUUGAAAAGAAAUGAUGAACAGGAUAAACUGACUGAAAUGAUGCGUUUAUUACAAAUGAACUAUGACGCGAGAGAAGAUAAGAAUUACGAUAACAGGGAAAGGCUUCAUUUUAUAAGAAAUCCAGAAAUUAUCGACGAUUAUCGGAGUCACAUGAGAAAACGAUCGUCUCCUGAAUUACUUUAUGAUGGUGAUUUUGAUGAGGACACUUUGAAACAGCUACUCCUCAGUUUGAGGCGAAAUGCCGUGUUUCGUUUAAAAAAAGAUACAUCAUUAAGAAAUGCUCCAGCUUUACGAUUGGGAAGCAAUAUUGGCGAUCCAUUAGACCCAAUAAAACCUGUGAAAAUCCGCGAUGACAUUACGAAAAAGUACGAUUGGGGUAAUAGUUUGGAGAGACAAAAGAGAGUCAAGCCUAAAUUGCGGAAGGCAGAAGAAAGAUACAAGCUCAGAGGCGGUUUUGGUAGGACAUCCAUUCCCAUCGCCGGGAAGAGAGGAGUUUUUGAAGAUAUUUAUAAUUAA